CACAUGAACUGGGGUACACAUAUAAGGACGAAGAUGUAUUGACAGGGAUUCCCUAUCUCCUGCAACGCCAGUCCCACUCUUUCAAUCAACCCCAAACCUUGUCCACAAAUUUCUCAUCGUCCCCGAAACCAUGCGUCUUCACUCUGUCCUCUUCUGUCUUGCCUUAGCCACGACCACCAUCGCUAAAGAGUGCUCUUACGACGGCUUCCAAGAAUGCGUGACCUACUAUGCCGAUUCCGACUGCCACCACAGUAUCGGCAACUACAUUCCGACCUGUGAGGGAAACUGCUUCCAAUUCAGCUCUUUCCAGGGACUGGUCGUCGAAGGCAACUUCAUUCAUGGCACCGACUGCAUCGUAUACUCAGACCCGUACUGCCAAAAUGAGAUCGGUGUCACUCCGAAUGCGAUCAACCAGAACAUCGAUUGUCUUUCGUACGGCGAAGCACAGUCGAUGAAAUGUUAUUUCGACUGCUGAGUGAGAGCGAAAAGCAAGGAUCGCGCUUAUCUUCAGCUGAGGAUUGGUGCGAUGGAAGGCUGGUGGGCCAGAUACCAUUCCUGCGGGGGAGAUAAUCAGGGAUCAUGAUGAAAUUACCCGCGCUUGCAGCGGAAA